UCCGUUGCUGCUGGAAUCGAACUGUGAUGGUCCAUACGAGUCUACGACCAUCGUAUAAAAGAGAGAAUUGUCCGAGUCCACGCGAUUGAGAAGCACGCUAGGCACUGGACUAACGCGGACAUAAUGGUUUUCAAUUCUUACAUAUGGUGUACGUCGCAUAAAAUGAAAAUUCAGUGGGGAUCGUUUGAAAGCCCCGGUGAAGUCGAUGGAGAUUAUUUAGAAGCGCAACGAAUCUAUGAGAUGGCUGUGAAGACUUGGUCGGAUUGGUUGGAAACUCGUGUCAAUCGCACCAAGACCAGAUUGUUUUUCGUUAGCUUCUCACCCACUCAUGAACGGGCCGAAGAAUGGGGGAAGCCUGCAGACCAAAAUUGUUACAACGAAACCGAGCCAAUUUCGAAAGAAGGGUAUUGGAGACGCGGAUCAGAUCCUAAAAUGAUGGGAAUUGAUUCUAAAAUGACGUGAAUCGUGGAGAAAUCAGUAUUCGAAUUACGGAAAAAAGGUGUGGAGAUACAAAUUCUCUACAUAACACAGCUCUCAAAGUACCGAAAAGACGCUCAUUCUUCAAUUUAUAGGAGGUACUGGAGUCCUCUUACCAAAGAACAGUUAGUGAAACCUCAGACCUAUGCAGAUUGUAUGCAUUGGUGU